UAGACCUACAACCUAUAGAUCUUCAGGCUGUAAAUAUAAAACAAAACAAGAACAAACGUGUUACUUUUGGAUUAAAACUUUUUGUUUUGUGAUAUUAGAGGAGUCUGGAGCUUUUAUAAAAAAUUUUUUAACUUGGUCUCCUGUGAGCCUGAGCUCAUCCACACCUUCAUCCACCCUACAGAAACACUAAUGCCGCUCAGCAGCUGAGCAGUAUGAAGUCACAGUGGAUCUGUGUGGUCCUGUUUCUUUUGGGCUCUGUACAUAAUCUGACAGAGGGCUUGGACCCCAGAGAUCCCAAUGUGUGUAGUCUAUGGGAAAGUUUUACCACCUCUGUGAAAGAGUCGUAUGCUCAGCCAUUCGAUCAGGUUCAUGAGGAGCCAUGCUCUGAACCCUGGAGCACCAACAAAUGCGUUCGACACCGGAUAACAUAUAAAACAGCUUAUCGCCAGUCAGUAAAAAUGGACUAUCGUAGGAGGUAUCAGUGCUGCCCAGGAUUCUAUGAAAGCAGAAAUAAAUGUGUUCCACGCUGCACCAAGGAAUGUGUACACGGACGGUGUGUUGCCCCAGAUCGCUGUCAGUGUGAAGGUGGCUGGAGAGGAGAUGACUGUUCCAGUGCAUGUGAUGCUCUGCACUGGGGCCCAGACUGCAGCAAACAGUGCCAGUGUCAGAAUAAAGGCCAGUGUGAUGUCCUCACUGGAUCCUGUCUCUGCCCUCCAGGCUAUACCGGCUCACACUGCCAGGACCCUUGUCCAAAGGAAUACUUUGGGCCUGGCUGUGCGCAACAGUGCCAGUGUGGAACAGGUGGCUCGUGUAAUAAAGAAACAGGAGAGUGUGUGUGCAGGGAAGGAUUUACUGGGACACUAUGUGAUACUCCCUGUGUGAGGACAGGCCGGUGUGCAGCUCGCUGCUCUUGCCAGAACGGAGGCAUCUGCCAGGGGAAUGGAGUGUGUCUAUGCCCACCUGGAUGGACAGGGCCAGUAUGUACAGAACAAUGUCCUAAGGGAAGAUUUGGCAUAACUUGUUCUAGAGAGUGUUUGUGCCAUAAUGGUGGUCACUGUGACCCAGAGAAGGGUCACUGUCAGUGUGCUCCUGGCUUUACUGGUGAGAGGUGUAAUGAAGAGUGUUCAGUGGGGAGCUACGGGCAGGACUGUAAGGGUGUGUGUGACUGCACUAAUGGGGCACGCUGCUAUCACAUCGAUGGUGGCUGCUUGUGUGAACCAGGCUUCAGGGGACCCCAGUGCUCUCAGAGGAUGUGCACUGAUGGAACCUUCGGCGUGCACUGUGAACAGAGCUGUCUCUGUGACCGCCAACACACUCUCAGUUGUCACCCACUGAAGGGAGAGUGUACAUGCCAGCCUGGGUGGGCAGGGCUCUUCUGUAAUGAGACCUGUGCUCAUGGAUACUAUGGGAAUGGUUGCCUGGAGCCCUGUCUGUGUGUGAACGGUGGCGUGUGUGAUACUGUCAGCGGCUUGUGUCAGUGUACUCCAGGAUACACAGGACACCACUGUGACAGGCACUGUGAGAGUGGUUUCUAUGGAAAAAAUUGCUCCUUGGAGUGUUCCUGCAAAAAUGCUAUUUCCUGCUCUCCUGUAGAUGGAACAUGCUUCUGCAAAGAGGGGUGGAGGGGUCCAGACUGUUCCAUUCCAUGUUCAAAGGGGACAUGGGGUCCAGGCUGUAAUGCCACAUGUCAGUGUGCUAACAAGGCUCAGUGCCACCCAGCCGAUGGCUCCUGCACAUGCACAGCUGGCUGGAGAGGAGAUCUGUGUGACCAGCCCUGCCCUGUGGGAACUUUUGGCCCAGGCUGCAAGCAUAAAUGUGACUGCCUCCAUGAUGAAGGGUGCCAUAGUGUUACAGGACAGUGCCAGUGUCUGCCAGGCUGGACAGGUCCACGUUGCACAGAGCAGUGUCCACAAGGACAAUGGGGCCAUCAGUGUAAUCAGAGCUGCUCAUGCCUCAACAGCGCCUCCUGCCUGCCACACAAUGGCGUCUGCAUGUGUAAGCCUGGCUACUGGGGACCUCAGUGUCAGCAUGUGUGCAGUCAGGGUGUGUAUGGGGAGAAGUGCAGUCAAACUUGUCCUACCUGUGGUGGUCACUCCACCUCAUGCCAUCACAUCACAGGCCAGUGUAUGUGUCUACCAGGAUAUACAGGACCUCUGUGUGAACAAGUGUGUCCAGUUGGUCACUUUGGUAAGCAGUGCAGUGGUGUGUGUAGGUGUGCCAACAAUGCCACAUGUCAUCAUCAGGAUGGAUCAUGUCACUGUCUCCCAGGUUGGACUGGAUCAGACUGUUCUGUGUUGUGUAAAGCAGGGACAUUUGGAACCAACUGUAAUCAGGCGUGUUCGUGCUCCCCGAACCAUUCAUGUGACCCUCACACUGGUGCAUGUCUUUGUGAACCUGGACCUGGAUUGGACUGUGCACAAGAGCGAGUGGUGAGUAUGAUGGUGCCCGUAUCUCCAGUGGAGAAAGACUCUUGGGGGGCGAUUGUGGGCAUUGUGGUCCUGCUGAUCCUGGUGGUGCUGCUGCUGACACUACUGUUGCUCUACUACCGACGCAGACAGAAGGACAAGCAGAGCAACACACCCACUGUAUCUUUUUCCUCCACCCGCAAUGUCACGUCUGAGUAUGCUGUGCCAGAUGUUCCACACAGCUACCAUCACUACUAUUCAAACCCCAGCUACCACACCCUGUCCCAGAACAGACUUCCUUUACCCCAAAUCCCUAAUAACCAGGACCGGCUUGUCAAGAACACAAAUAAGCAGCUGUUCUACAGUCUGAAGAAUAUGGAGCGGGAGAGAAGAGGCUUAUUUGGAAUGGAAACUAAUGCUACUUUACCUGCUGAUUGGAAACACCAGGAACCCCCUAAAGACCAAGGAGCAUUUGGUAUUGACCGUAGCUACAGCUACAGUGCCAGUCUUGGAAAAUACUACAACAAACAAUUGAAGGACUCCUGCAUUGCUGUGAGCAGCAGUUCUCUAAACAGUGAAAAUCCAUAUGCCACCAUUAAAGACCUGCCUGGUCUUCCUCCAUGUCCUCCUGAGUGCAGCUACAUGGAAAUGAAACCUGCUGUGCCUCCUGAGAGAUCCUACACAGAGCUCCGGCAUCCAGUCCUUCCUUCCACCAGUUUCCCCUGUAGAGAACAAUGUCCUCUUGGAAACGUUCUGGAACAGGAUCCUCAGAACCAUUACGACCUGCCAGUCAACAGUCACAUACCGGGACAUUACGACCUGCCACCAGUCCGCAGGCCUCCUUCACCAUCGCCACGCAGACAGGCCAACUAAUCACAGCCUCAACACACCUGCACGGGUUAACACACAGUGGAUGACAUGUUCCUAAAGCACAAUCACUGCCAGGUUUCACCUCUGCAUUUUCCAUACAAAACAGAGGGGAACAAAAACUGCAUGGACAGGAGAUUAAUAGCGGAAUACACUUACCUAACUGUAUAGCAUCUGCAAAAUAAAAAGAUGUGAGAUGAGCUUGCACAUCCAUCCUAAACACGCUUUAUACUAAAGGCUCAUUUAUGCUCAACGUUCUGCCUUCUGUCCGUACUCUGUAUUCAUUUUGUCCGUAUUUGUGCAUGUUUUCUGAAAGUUUACAGAUACAGACGAAAUGGAGCAGUACCAUCAGAAAGCGUCGGGGCAGUGUAUCCAAGUCAAGUCAACUUUAUUGUCAAAUAUGCUAUACAUGCUCGACAUACAGCACAGAUGAAAUUUCAGUCCUCUCUGACCCACGGUGCAAACAGGCAAUGCAAUAAUCCAAUAGUUCAAGCAAGACAUGACAAAGAAAUUUUAAAAUGAAGGAACUUUUCGAGGAGAGAUUGUCUAAGGUGGUGCUUACAUUAGACCGUAUCAGCGGAUCAUCAGAUUAACGUUUUUAAAACGAUUCGCGUGCACACAGCAACGCCAAUACACGAUUCGCGUGCACACAGCAACGCCAAUACACGGAUACGCUCAGCUCCGCAGGCAUCCUGCGCUCCAAAUCACUCCGCCCUGAACAGCGAGUGCCCUCUGGAGGGUGCGCACUCCGGCCCUGCGCAGCUCACAGAGCACGCGAGUGAAGCGCACGAGCAGUGAUUCGGGACAAAUAGCAGGAAGUUAAAGUCCGUGCCGUUUUUCAGCAGUCGCGUCACAUGACCAACGUGGCAUGACCAACGCCAGCGAAUCAGGAAGGUGGAUGUCACAGUGACGUUGUCCAAUGACGACGUCAGCUAGAGCUCAGCACAGCGUAUCCUCGUUCCUCAAUGUUUACACAGCACCGGAUCAGAUACGUAAUGGAUUGAAUACGUGGGCCCUGGCGGAUUCAAGUUGUUCCGCCUGUGGAGUCGUUUCCCGGCGUUUUAAUGUGAACGGACAGUGCAUCCGCGACGAAAACGAGACGGAUACGGUCUAAUGUAAACACCACCUAAAUGAGUGAGAAGUUUUCAACAUUAAUAUGAUGUUACUUCAUCCAGGCACAGGGACAAACGGUUGUUACAGAACAGGUGGGAGGAGUUUGGACAGAAUUACUGUAAAUGUGAGAAACCUUUGACUCCUCGUUGCUUUCUAGUGGAUGUAUCGCUUAACAUCCAUGCCAACAUAAAGGACGCAUGGAAGUAAAUGGGCAGCGACGGUUACAUCAUUUGAAAUGGACGUAUUUAUUUUCGCAUGUAAAGGGAGCAUAAAUGAGCAUUUGAGUAAAGUGAACUGGUUUCAGUAACUUCCUGCUGCUGCCUUCUGGUGGACAUUGAAUGCAUUUUUUUUUUAACGCAUGAACUUGUAAAACGUUUAAAAGGCUUUUCAUUUUAAUACUGAAUUAUGGUUUUGUAUUAUUUGGGAACUGGUAAUUCUCAAAUAAAAUAGACCUAUCAUGAGGUAAAUAUUAAAUUUUCAUCACUGCUAUCUUUGUCUUUGGAAGGUUGUACAUUAUGCACCACAUUUACAUUUGUAGAAUCUCAGCUUUCAAUGUCAGUUGAAUGUAAUCCUUCAAGAAUUGUAAAUACUGUAAAUAAACUGGAGGAGAUUUUUAUGCA